UGUGUAGUCUGCUGCGUGAAGGGAUUCCGUCGCGUAUGAAGCUAGCGAAGGCGCUGCCAUAUUUGGAUCCGGCUGCCAAAUGUUUGCAAAUGAUGCGCGCUGAAGACGUUUCUGACAAAUCCGCCGGUGGUAUACGGAUGGCACAUAAAAGAUGACUGGCUCCCUGAAGAAGCGUCACCAGGGUCAGCGCAAGCAGCCGACCUCCUCGGCUCAGCCAGACAGCUCUCGUAAUGGUCCUGCAAAGGAGAGCAAUGGGAAUAGUGGAGGAGGUGACCACUCUUCUGGGGAUGCAUCUGGACCUGGCAAACGCCGCCUCUCCGAGGCUACCAUCCAGCGGUUGCUGUUGAGGCUGGCUGUGCUGCUAGCUGCUGCUGGGGUGUACUUUUACACCAGACAGGAUAAGAUUCUGGAGCUGGCCACAGCAAAGGACAACAUUGGGAAGCGAUCACAGCCUGUGGCAUGCUCAGACAAGUACACUGCUGAGAUUGCCAACUACCCAGGCUGCACCCCGUCUCGCUGCGGGCGGGUUAUCUCUGACAAAGUGGUGACACCACACGAGGCGCAGGCGCUCCGGGAUAUCGCCACCAGGGCCUUCCAGCUGACAGGUGGCUCAUCGGGCGGCGCGAGUAUCCUGGACCUCCACAGCGGAGCACUCUCCAAAGGCAGCUCGUUUGUGAACGUGUAUCAGCUGCCCGAGUCACAGCACCUGGUUAGCGAGUCCGAUCUGCGUAUUUACAAGGCAGUGAAGCAGCGCGUGGCGCACUUCAUCUCGGAACAUUUCCAACUAGCACCGGGAGUGCUGAAGCUCGCCAAACCGACCUUCUUCUCCCGAAUGACGACCAAGGAAGCGCGUACCGUCCACGACGAGUACUGGCACACGCACGUCGAUAAGGAGACGUAUCCCUCGUUUCACUACACCAGUUUGGUGUACCUAAACGACUACGGACACGACUUCCAGGGUGGACGGUUUAUCUUCAACGAUAACGACGCCAACCGUACCGUCGAGCCCAAGACAGGGCGCGUCUCGGCGUUCACUGCCGGCUGGGAGAAUCCCCACCAGGUGGAGCCCGUCUCAGACGGGGUGCGGUUCGCGCUCACCGUGGCCUUCACCUGUGACCAAAGCCAGGCCAUUAGCGAUCCUGAGCGACGCACCGGACCUAUGUGAGGACGACAAAGCGACAAUACAGACCUGUACCCGUGAGUCAUGUAUUGCACCUUCGGAGAACAUCAGUGUGCCAACUUCCGAGCCCGCAAGACAAAACUGUAUUUCUUGGGAGCCUCAGCCCCUGUUCUGACCCCGCGAUAUGACACACCGAAGAAACUUCAGCUUUGAACCCGUAAGUUGCAUCGAAGAACUUCAACCUUCGAAGAGCGGUGCAAUCAACAUUAACAUUAAUAACAAGUAACAAAUAGAGGCUCGGAGUUUUAUCAACAUUCUCAUGAAACUGAACAAUGCUAGAGGCUCAAAUAUCAAGGAGUUGCACGACUACUGACUAGGGUCUCGCGGUUGGUGCUACACUAGAGGAAUUUGUGAGAAUUCAUUUGAUGCGGUUUAUGACAGGAUUCUUGCAUUCCGGUGUGUUGUGUUACCAGAGGACACUUACUCAUGUCUUAUUAGUUGAUGGAUGGGCAUUUCUGAGUGUAUUGGGAUGUCGGGGAGUUCGGGUUGUUUCCUUUACGAGGUCGCGUCCACAGUAACGAGAUGUCAGGCGUGGAGUUUGCGGGUCUGAAAUUUGUGGGAACUGAUCACGGUGUUUUGGGGCGCGAAGUGGUUCAACCGUAUUGCUAGCAGUCGGCAUUUAACUGUGCAACACAGCUGUACGAUUCAGUGUCGCAGUACAGCCUAGUACAUAAAUGGCGCUGGAUUCCUGAGUGGUGUUCGCGGGCAGUUUGCAGGGAUCCUGGGAGCUGGGACGUGUGCUGUUUGGCUUCUGAAGUGCCUACCCACGGGGCAAAAAUCCCGUAGUCACCAUGCGAACAGUAUGUGAGCAUUGAUAGUUUCGCUGGGACUCGCAAUAACGUUUGGCAUUUGCUGAAGUACGCAAUAAUGGUUUCGAGCGCGUCAGGGUAUGUUCUCGUAUACACAACAUGCAUUCCAAAGAGCAGAGGUAUUUUGUCACUUGUUUUCGGGUGGAGUUUUUUGGUUGCUGAAUUGGUUGGCUUUAUCCAAACCGUUGGCUAUGUUCAGUCCAGGGGUUCAGUUCAAGGCUGUAGAACUCCGUCAAUACCUAGGUUCAGUCAAUACCUAAUAGUGUGUUUCGUUAUAUUCUGUGCGUUCGUGAUUAAUUUGAUCUCUCAUACGAGUGUCGUUGGAAUUGGCAGCAGAGGGAGUUGCGACGUUGGGUGUGCCACGCUAUAUCAUACAAACCUUUGUAGAGUGAGAGUGUUCGUGAUAGAAAUGUAAUAAACACAAAA